AUGGAUGACCCUGAGCUCUGCAGGGUGAGGGUCAGCGACAAAGUGAGGGUCAGCGACAAAGUGAGGGUCAGCGACAAAGUCAGGGUCAGCGACAAAGUGAGGGUCAGCGACAAAGUGAGGGUCAGCGACAAAGUCAGGGUCAGUGACAAAGUGAGGGUCAGCGACAAAGUGAGGGUCAGCGACAAAGUCAGGGUCAGCGACAAAGUGAGGGUCAGCGACAAAGUGAGGGUCAGCGACAAAGUGAGGGUCAGCGACAAAGUGAGGGUCAGCGACAAAGUGAGGGUCAGCGACAAAGUGAGGGUCAGCGACAAAUACAGGGUCAGCGACAAAUACAGGGUCAGCGACAAAGUGAGGGUCAGCGACAAAGUCAGGGUCAGCGACAAAUACAGGGUCAGCGACAAAGUCAGGGUCAGCGACAAAGUGAGGGUCAGCGACAAAGUGAGGGUCAGCGACAAAUACAGGGUCAGCGACAAAUACAGGGUCAGCGACAAAGUGAGGGUCAGCGACAAAGUCAGGGUCAGCGACAAAUACAGGGUCAGCGACAAAGUCAGGGUCAGCGACAAAGUGAGGGUCAGCGACAAAGUGAGGGUCAGCGACAAAGUCAGGGUCAGCGACAAAGUGAGGGUCAGCGACAAAGUGAGGGUCAAACAUGGACCUGGAUGUAGUUGA